AUGAACCCCGGUUGUGCUGCAAAGGCAUUGUACCCCCCCACGGCCAGGAGCCGCCGACUUCUUUGCCACAGGGCAGGUGGGUCAGCCUUGACGCGCGAUCUGCAGGCGUCUCGUACUGCGGCAGUUCAGUUCUCCCGUCGUGUCCGUCUGAGUCCUCUUCGUACACUCCCCACUCGGGCCCAGAUUUCCCAGUUUCCCGUGCCGCCACCACCGAUUGCCGCGCGGGCAGCGCCGCCCAGCCUGCCCCGUCGAGCAGCAGAACCAGCCACGAUGGGCAGCGGUUGCGGCACGGCCAAGGUGGCCCCCGCGGAGGCGACCACGUCCCCCCUGGUGAUGAUCAAGCCUGCGCAGGGAGAGCCCAUCAGCACAGUGGUGACCGGCACGCCGCCGGCGGAGGCGAGGGGCGCCGCGGGUGACUCGCAGCAAGCCGGGGGCGACGCCGCGCAGACCGCCUUGACCCCCGCCGCAGCCGAGCCCGGCGCCAAGGAGUCGCCUGGGCCCGCCGCCGCUGUCGGGGGGGCGCAGCCCGUGAAGCCCGCGGCGCUCGCGGCGGCUGAGGCCACGGCCACCGAUCCGCCGGCGGCGGGCGCCCCUGCGGCGGCCGCGGCCACGGGCUCAACGGCCGCGGCCGCGCCGUCAGCGGAGCCGGCGGCGGCAGAGAAAGCGGCGGCGGCACCAGAGCCCACCGUUGCCGCAGCAGAUCGCGGGCUUGGCGAGGAGAGGAGGUCGACCGAGCCUGCGCGGCCGUGGACGGCCUUGCCACCGCGGCGGAGGCCGCCGCAGCCGCGAACCCCGCCGCAGCGGCGGGCCUGGCGCAGGUCGCGGUGGCUGUGGCCGCGGCUAUGCCGGCGUGCCCCGCCGAGCCGGGCCUGGAGACCCUGCUGUGGGCGUGGGGCUGGCGGAUGCCGCCGCGGCCGCUGCGAAGGCCAACCCGGGCGCCGCCUCGGGGCUCGUGCGGGCCGCCGCGGCCUGCGCCCGAUCCACGGCCCGGGCGCGCAGCAAGAGCCGCGGCCGCGGCCCGGGCACGAGCUCGGGCCUGCGGGGGCGCGUGCAGGGGGCGGCCCCUCCGGCUUACGAGGCUCCGAAUUCGGCCUGGGCACGCUGCCGCGCGCUACGGCCGCCUCCGCGUGGGACCGAACUGGGUUCUUCUUAGCAGGAGUUGGAAAGUGCGUUCAUUACGUCAUGAGCGGCAGGCUUUCUAUUUAA